AUGGGUCGUGGUCAGAGGGCACCGGGCAGAGGUACUGGUCGUACUGAGGCGAGGCAACCAGCUCUGGUUUAUGCUACACGUCGUCGGGAGGACGGAGUCACCCCAAAUGUUAUCAUGGGUAUGUUCUUUAUUCAUAAUGUACCUUAUACUGCGCUGAUUGAUGUUGGGUCUACGCAUUUUUAUAUCGCAUACACUAUGUCUGAGACUUUGGGUAUAAUGGUUGAAAACACUGCGAGUGAGGUUAAUGUGUUGAGUCCAUUAGGGCAAUCAGUGAGAGUAAAUAAACUAUUUAAGGAUGUAUCUUUACAGGUUCAAGGAAUGAUCUUUUUGGCGAAUUUAAUGGAACUCCUUUUUGGAGAAUUCGAGUUAAUACUGGGCAUGGACUGGCUGAUUAAGCAUUAA